AUGACUCCAUCAGCAAUCAUUCCAGAAGAGCCGGAAGAAGCUACUACGGUGACUCCUCAAACACAAGUUGCUCUCAAUGGAAAGGUCAUUGCGAUUUCCGGGGCGAAUCGAGGAAUUGGACUUGGAAUAGCUGAAUGCUGUCUUCAGAAUGGGGCGCAAAAAGUUUAUUCAAUCGAUGUCGCCGAACCCGGUAAUGAAUACGCUUCUCUUCUUAAACGCUUCCCAGGAAAACUCAGCGCCAUAGCCGCCGACAUCACCCAAGAGGAAAGUGUUACAGCUGCUAUUGACAAGAUUAUCGAAGAGGCAGGUGCUAUUCAUGGAAUGGUGGUGAAUGCAGGAAUGACAAACCAUAAACCCGCUCUUGACUUUACUAAGCAAGAUGUCGAGUCCCUCUUUGCUGUCAACCUUUUUGGAGCCUUCUACACUGCACGCGCUGCAGCAAGGGCUUUUAUUCGAUUGAAUAUCAAGGGUUCAAUUGUCUUUACCGCGUCUAUGGCUUCUUACCGACCGAAUAAGCGUGUUCCUUCGGCUCCUUACGGUGCUAGCAAAGCUGGUGUUCGAAAUAUGGCCCAUACUCUGGCCAUGGAAUGGGCCAAGUACGGCAUCCGUGUCAACAGUGUAUCUCCUGGUCUUGUCCGUACUGCCAUGACAUAUUGGGUACCUCAACAGCCUGACUGGGAGCAACAACUCAAGUACUAUGGUGGAUUCCCAAGAUUGGCUGAGGUUCAGGAACUUGGGGGCGCUUAUGUCUAUCUUCUUAGCGAUGCCGCUAGCUAUACCACUUCGAUUGAUAUUCCAGUCAACGGGGUCAUUGGUAAGUGUACUUAUUGGUUGUGUUAG